GCUGCACCGCAGGCCACAGGGCUCUCAGAGUGGCUCCUGCUGGUUUGGCGGAACAUAACAGAGAGGGAGUUCCUGUUACAUCACAAAAUGUGUAACUCCCUGAAAUUUGAGCUGAGUAAGAGAAGGAGGAGGGCAGCAAGAAAGAGUAAACAAAAAUGAGGAAGAGAGCAGUCAACAGGAGAAAAAAGAAGAAAACUUCUGCAUCUAUUGACAAAUGCUGCAUUGCUUUUCUGACACCACUUCCCCUUUAAGUUCAAAGGUUGCUGAAGUUCAGUGAAUACUAAACGGGGAAUUGACUGAAAGAUGGAGCACCUCUCUAUGCCUCCUCUGUCCAGGGUCGCCAUUUGUGGCGGCACGCAUGGAAAUGAGCUUACGGGGGUGUACAUAGUGAAAGAAAUGCAGAGACAGAAGCAGGACAAGGUGGGAUCUCUUUCUGUGACCCCUGUCCUGUCGAAUCCACGAGCCGUAGAUGUCUGCAAGAGAUACACGGACACUGAUCUCAACCGCUGUUUUACAAGCGCUCUGCUGAGCUCCCCCAUAACAGACUCCACGCCGUAUGAGCUGAGGCGAGCUCAGGAGCUGAACGCUCAGAUCGGGCCCAAAGGAAGCGAGAGCGCCGUGGAUCUGCUGGUAGAUCUUCACAACACCACCUCCAACAUGGGCCUGACCAUCAUCAUGUACUCAAUCAGCGCCUUACCUUCACACAUUUUCAAAUACAUCCAGACAAAGAUGGCUCCAGUGCCUGUGGCAGCAAUUCAGCUGGACUUAUCACUGUCAGAUUGUUACUCCUUAGACUCAGUGGGCAAAAAUGGAUUCUCGAUCGAGGUUGGUCCUCAACCCAACGGCGUUCUCCGAGCAGAUAUCUUCAACAUGGUGAAAAAGGCCGUGGAUCUCACUCUGGAGUGGAUUGAGAAAUUUAACUCUGGAUGUACAUUUGAAGGAGGUGACAUUGAAGUGUACAGCUUCGUGAAAAGCAUCGACUACCCAAGGGACCCGGUGAGCGGAGAAAUGACUGCAGCCAUCCACCCCAAACUGCAGGAUAAUGACUUCAAGCUCCUUCAGCCGGGAGACCCAUUAUUCCUGUCGUUUUCCGGAGAGACGGUGAAGCACGAGGGAGACGCCCUCUACCCUUUCUUUGUGAAUGAAUGCGCCUACUAUGAGAAGAAGAUUGCUUUCCAUUUAGCUCGGAAAAUUACCAAGACCAUCCCAACUCUGAGUGUGAAGAGUAACUGAGCGUCCGGAGGGAACAGGACCAGAGCGUACUGUAAAGCCUUUAAAUUAUGAUCACAGAAGAUUAAACUUGAAUACAGCACACAAGUUCCAAUCACUGCAAAUAAGUAAACGCACACGGUGUGUGUGUGUGUGUGUGUGUGUGUGUGUGUGUGUGUGUUCUCGUAUUUCUAUCCUUGUCGGGGCCAAAUGU